AUGUUGGGGCCCAGACCGAAGUUCCGAAGCCUGAAAACGUCGCAGUGUUCUUCGCUAGGCGUCGGCCUCACGUGCCUGGUCCUGAUGAGGAAGGGCCUGGACGUCACCUGCACGGACGUGGACAACCUGGCUCUUGAGGUGGCCGCCCGGAACACGCAGCUGCUGGCACAGGACACGGGUGGCCGAGCCAUGGGGUACGGGAGCUUGACCGUCCUCCGUUUCAACUACACUACCGAUCCGCGUACCUGGAGACAGCAAGGUGUGUUCCCCCCUUACGACAUUCUGGUCAUGGCCUCGGCGCCCCAGGGCGAGUUGAAGAAGCAUCUCGGCGAAUUCGCGAGGCUCUUCCGGCGCUUGGGGCGGCCCGGGAGCCGCGUCUUCCUGGAGGACCAGGGUCACCGCAAGGCAACCCGUGCUGCGCCCGCGGAUGGAGAAGCUCUUCAGGGCUUUGCCGAGGAGGGCAUCCAUCUGGUCGACAUUUUGGACCCCUUCGAUCGUGGCCUCUGGCCGCUCCCCCGCGGUCGCAUCUACUCCCUGCUGCUGCAGUGA